AUGCCGGAAAGCAACUCCAUGGCAGAAAAAAUCUUCCCGGACACAAAACCAACUGCCGUCAAGGGCUCCGGCGCCACCGCAAACGCCACCACCACCACCGCCAACGUCAACACCACAUUCUCAGCCAGCAAACCACAAAUCUACAAUGCCGCUCGUCCAGUCUACCGUUCCCGUCCCCACCGCAGCCGGCGGAGCUGCUACUGUUACUGUUGUCUCUGGAUCAUCUUCAUUAUCCUUCUGUCAACCAUUCUCGCCGCCAUCGCCGGCGGCAUACUAUUCCUCCUCUAUCGCCCCCACCGCCCUUCCUUCUCCGUCUCCUCCCUCCAACUCUCUCGAUUCAACCUCACCACCAGAUUCAACCUCACCGUAACCGCUCGUAACCCUAACAAAAACAUCGUAUUUUAUUUCGAUUCCGUUUCGGUUUCCAUUAAUUCCAAGGGAGGCGUCAUCGGCGACGGGACGAUUCCGGCGUUUGUGACGGCGAAGAAGAGUUCGACGAUAUUGAAGACAGCUGUAAGAGCGCAGAGAGUGGAUGAUCUGAAGGAGAAUAAAAGUUUAGCAUUGAAGAUCGAGCUUGAUUCGAAGGUGAAGGUGAAGAUCGGAAGCCAUAUGAGUAAAAAAGCAGCGAUUAGAGUUGUUUGUGAUGGAAUUAAGGCGUUGGCAACUUCAAAUGCAGAAUGCACGGUUGAUCUUCGGAUCAAGAUUUGGAAAUGGACCAUUUAG